AUGCGGAUGCAGCGAAUUAAAGAAGGUUCACCUGCUGCGUGGGUGAAGAAGAAGACGCAGGAAAGUUGUUCAGGUUUCAGGAUGGAGAGCCUGAGGGAGCUGAACAGCACCGCACCGCCGCCGCCGCCGCACAGCAGCACCGAGCGCAACUUCCCUGCGCUCAUCUUCGGCAUUUCUCUCAUCGUAGUCAUCAUCUGCGGCAACGUCCUGGUCUGUCUGAGUGUUUACAGGGAAAAGGCUUUAAAGACCACGACCAAUUACUUCAUCGUGAGUCUGGCUGCGGCUGAUCUUCUGCUCGCCGUCUUGGUCUUGCCGCUGUUCGUUUACGCAGAGUUUCAGGGUGGCGUCUGGUCCUUGGACAUGGUUGUCUGUGAUGGGUUGAUGGCUAUGGAUGUGAUGCUUUGUACAGCCUCUAUUUUCAACCUUUGUGCAAUCAGCGUUGACAGAUUCAUUGCAGUGUCCGUGCCGUUGAACUACAACCGAAGACAUGUUGACCAGCGGCAAAUCAUCCUACUCUCAGGCACUUGGCUUCUUGCCCUAGCUGUUGCCUCACCUAUCAUUUUUGGCAUAAACAAUGUCCCAAACCGUGACCCGACGGUAUGCAAGCUGGAGGAUGACAACUAUGUUGUGUACUCUUCCGUGUGCUCUUUUUUCAUUCCCUGCCCUAUUAUGCUUCUGUUGUACUGUGGGAUGUUCCAUGGCCUCCGCCGCUGGGAGGAGGCCCGUAAGGCCAAGCUGAAGAAGAGCAUCCAAGCCUGCCGUAAGCUUCAGCACGCUGCUGCCGCUGCAGCUCUUCCACCACUGGCAGCUUUGCCAACUCCCAUGCCCGUGCUACCUCGUGUCAUUCAGCAAGACCUGGCACAGUGCAAUGUGGAUGAGCUGGAUGAGGACAUGCAGCCUAGCUGCCCCUUACCGCCGGAGUAUAGUAACAGCACUAUUCAGACUGUUGCCUACUCUGAGAUUCAGAACACAGCCCAAAGAAAGAAGAGGGCCAAGAUCAAUGGCAGGGAGCGGAAAGCCAUGAAGGUCUUACCUGUUGUUGUGGGUGCCUUCCUUUUCUGUUGGACUCCAUUCUUCGUAGUUCACACGACACGGGCCCUGUGUGAGACAUGUGAAAUCUCACACUACCUAAUGAGCACAGCGACAUGGCUGGGUUACGUGAACAGUGCGCUCAACCCCAUCAUCUACACCGUCUUCAACACUGAGUUCCGCAGGUUUUUCCAGAAGUUUCUACAUACCACCUGCUGUUUCUCAGCUCGCAGAAUGGAUGAAACUAUAAUGAUGCCAUGAACUAUUUGAAACAAUGGGCAUAUUGGAUUAUUUAAAAAAUAGCACACCUGUAUGCACAUUUACACCAGCCAUGAUGCUUUACACACUGGCCAUUUUAUCAGGUCCACCUACCAAUAAUAACUAUUAAUAACUAUUAUUAAUGUAUCUGAUGGUAUGCAAAAUUGGUCAGCUGCCCUUUACUCUGCCUAUAAAUAAUGUUCUUGGAGCAGCAGUGGUAAUAAUUUUGUGGUGGCAUUUCAUUGAUGCUGUAGAAGUAAAAACUCAGCUGAAAACUGUUCAUAUAAAAACUGUAAGAAUGGAGCAUGUGGACAAAGCAUCUGUUUAGUGUAAGUAAUCUUUAUUGUAUUACAUUCUGCAUUCUUCUUUUUCUAUA